GCACGUCGGGGGACAGUCUAAAGACAAUUCAGACUUGUCGGGUUGACUGGAUAACCGACAGAUCAGACUCAUCAGCCAUAGGACAAGCAUGCAUCAUAUGCAUUUGUAUGUUUUGAUUGAAUGUAUAGUUGUUUUGGUUUGUCUAACUGCUUAGCCAUGUUUAUAUGCUACUUGUCUUACUUGCUGUACUUGAAUCUUAUCUGUGAUUUUCUUGUUUGUCCUGUAUGUGUAUGUUCAUCUGAGAGACCCUUUUUGGAGGAGAUGUGAUGAGGGUGGUUUCUUUUGUUUGUGGUAAUGAAAGUUGAAGCAGGUGGACUAGGUGUUUCCUGAGUAUUCUAAUGUAUGUAUUAUAUGGAUAGGAGUGAGCAAGGUAAGUUAGGUAGGAAGUCACUAGGCACGUCUUUGAUCCUUUUGCUUCUUUAAACUAUUCAUCUUACUGAUUUGUAAAUUAAAGGGAUUUCUUUAAACACCUUUCAAAAAUAAGCUUUGUACCAAACUUUUCUAAAAGGUUAUUUCAAGGAUAAACUGCUUUAUGAUGAAACUAAUUCUAUUUGCAAGUAUUUCUAUGUUUUGAUGGUAUUCCUUCCCCUACUGAGAACGUGUGGUUUUGUUCUCACCCCAAAAUCUUCCACCCUUUCAGUGAUACGUUCGAAGACUCAGUUUGAAGCUGCGGACAAUUAUUGACUUUAUCUAUGCGUUGUGUUACCAUCAUAGAGUUCCCUCGCUUGUUGCUUAAGAUUUUUAUUUUAUACAGAGGGAUAGGUAUUGUACCUGAGUUUUAUUUUGACUUACUUGUAUAAGAUUUAUUAUUAUUAGUAAUUAUGUAAUUAUUGUUAAUUGGUGAUAUAUGAUAUAUGAUUUUUAAUGAGUUAUAAACAACUUUCUAGCAUUUUAUUAAAGAUUGAAAUGCGAGUUCGAACUAAAGGCUCAAUAUUAAAUGGUUAGUAAGGAAAACAGGUUAGUAACGCCUUACUUUUGGUACGAUCAUAACGUAUUGAAGGUUGGGUUGUUACAAUUUACAUUAUUUGUUUACCUGAAAGGACUUUUAUAUUGCAAACAUGGAGAAAUUAUGCAACCGUUGGUCUGACACAAGUCAAUGGUCUUAACUAAAUGCAGGAAAUUCCCUUUAUGUUGGUGAGCUAUCUAUCUUCUUCCAAGUGCUUUCAGAAUAUGUUUUAGAUCUGUUAGUUUUUGUUGAUUCAUUUUAUUUUUCUCCACAGCAUUGAAGUUGAGAUGAUUUAUAUGUGAAGUUGAUUUUCUUGUCUCUUGCCAAUUAUUUUGGUUGCUUGAAUAAUUUGUAUUUUAUUGGUACUUGACAUGCAAAACCACGAGUUGGAGGGCAAAAUGAUUUUGAGACUACCAUAAAAGGGUAUUAUGAUUCAAUUCAUCAUGGAAAAAAGCCUGGUUUGCGAAGGAAAAGAAGGAUUAAAGAAGUUGAUUCAAAUCACUUCCAUCCGAUUGAUUCCCAAGAGGUUUUUGAGAAAGGAGGAGCUGCUUUACUUGGUGUUUGCCGUGGAAAGUGAUUAAAUUGCCGCAAUUCCCCAAAAAACCACCUCUAUUUCCUGGUUCCCUUGUAGUGGGUUCAAGCAUUGCCGUCUCACAAACAGAACUAGCAGGACAACGGCCAGGUCGUCGAAAUAUAUCGGUAGGCCAGCGACUUUCAUGAAGACAAAGGCCAGGCUGUCUAAGUCGUUGGAUCAUGAUGCGACGAUGGCAGAGACCUUCAAGUAUAUUCAUACCCUGAAGGAGAACAUGGAGAGAUUUGCUGAUCAGCGGGCCACGGAUCAUUAUGAGCUCUACACGCAAAGAUUGGAUCAAUCUCAGCCUACUGGAGACGAUGGUAAUAACUCCGCUGCAUCAGUCGUCGAUCCUGACAUGGUUAGGAACGAGGCUGCAUCUGUGCCGUACAAAAAUCGCGUUUACGGACUGGGAUCAUUCUUCGCUGACAACCUCAGCACAUCCACAUUGAGACAUUUAUCCUCCUCUGCUACCAGUGGGCUUGUCAAUCACGAGUAUAUCGCCGAUUUGAGGGAGCAGGUGCUGCUCCUCACCCAGAGCCUUCACCAACAGGCUCCGCAGCUGCGAGAGUCUGAAGAGAGGUUUCAGGCGAUCCUCUCACACAUGACAAACACAAAUGACCUCAGGCUGGAGUGGAGGCAGGAGAUAGAGCAGUUUCAGCGAAUGGAACACCACAUGGCGCCAUACGAAUAUCAGAUGCGCAAUGGUAGUAGCGGCACUGCUAGUGGCAGCGACGCUGCUGGAGGCACACAAAUAUUACCGCCUUGGCCGCCGCCUCAGUAGUAGGACCAGUGGGACGAUGACGACGAUUAUGACAAUGACUAUCAGGAUUUUUAUACACUAUUUGAUUGUAUUAUAUCAUCUAUUAUUUGACUUUUUAUUUUAUUUGUAC